AUGUACACACAAACACAUGUACGUACAUACACACAAACACACACACACACAGACACAUGCACACACACACACACACAUACAUGUACAUACACGCAGACACAUGUACAGAUACACACAUGUACAUACACACAGACACACACACACACCACCAUCCCCCCAAAAAAGUUGCAGUACUUCGUUGUUCACUCACAGAGCUGGGUACUGCACUCUAGGGGGAGGCAGAGAGCAAAGCACACACUCCUUCCUUUGCUUUCACUGCGCUCAGCUAUUGAGCAGUCUGACGGCUCCCAGUGCCAAUGACAGAUCCGGCCUGAGCUCCGAGCCUGCCCAGCAAGACGGCCCUGGGGGACACACUCGCCCCCACCAUAAUUUCCACUUGCCAUUGGCAAGCAGGAGAGUGGAAAUUUCAAGCCCUGACUUAAAUCAU